UUAGCACGGAAGUUGGAACAUAUUUGGGAUAUUGUUAUGUAUUAUUACGAUUCGAAGUUUGGCCGCGAAUUCUGUGAUGCUCCCAUUCGCCGCCUCUCACAAAGUUACCAGCUCGAUGCAGUGGCUGGUCGAACGGUCACUUCUAAACAGCUGCUCCUGUCGACAAUAGAAAAUAUUUCAUCAACUCACAGCCGGCUAAAACGUUCACGAGAUGCAAUGUGGAAGGCGCUGAUUUCUGCUGCACUGAAUGAGAAGAAAUUGCCCGCUUGGAUACGCAUAAUUUUCCGUACACGACAAAUCAUUGAGCAGUGUUAUGCGUCCUGGUCGUACGUCGCAAGAACAGGAUCACUGAGCACAGAAUAG